AAUUCACCAUUUUAAAAGAAAAGAUUACUCAGAAAUUACAGCAAAAAGAUAACACCAUUACCGAAACCAACACUAAACUUCAAGAGUCUAAUCGUAAAGUGGAAGAACUAACUAAGGAAAACCAAGAAAAUGAACAAGUUUUAGAAACUUUAUUUAAAGAAUUUAAAGAAUUAGCCCAGACCUUAGAAUAA